AUGUCUGACCUGCCUACUGUUAGACCGAAGCAUUCAAGGUCAACUUCGAUCACGACCUCCAAGAAAACAACUUCACAUCAAAGAAAACCUUCGCUAAAUGUACAGCAGCAACAGCAACAGCAACAGCAACAGCAACAGAUACUUCAAACACCAAAACCAGAGCUGAAGCGCCAUAGUAGCAGUAGAGCUUCCUUGAACAUAGCACCUCCAACUACCUCAAAUUUGCCUCGAUUUGUAAACUCCAUCAUUUUGCGAGUGCAUAGCUUUUUAAACCCUUCAGGUCCUCUUUUACCACACUCAAAACAUGGAAAUGCUUUCGGCGGCACAGCCAAACCUUCGUUAUUAUCCAAACUGGCUCAAUCUCGGUUUAUUCGCUUCGCUGCUUUGUUCUAUGUCAUUUUCUCGGUCUUCUUAUCGCUAAAUCAUACCUGGAAGUACCUUACAUCAUCACCCAACAGCAACAACAGCCCUAUUCGACUCCAACAGACAGAUGCUGCACUAGACGAGCAAUUCAAUGACGACUGGGUACCUCAACGCACUUAUGACCAAGAUGAUACUUAUUCCCUUAUGAACCAAAUGACACAUGGUCUGAAAAUGAGCAAACUAUUCAGCAAAAGUUACUACGAUGCCGCCAAAAAUAUUCAGCCUUUCUGGAAAAAGGCCAGCAAUGUACCUGAAAAGGACGAAGUUUCCAUCAUCACCACAGCAAAUGCAGAUACCUGGGAAGAUUUGAAGAGAUUGACCAUCUACUGGGAGGGACCAAUUUCCGCUAUCGUUCAUAUUGAAGAGGACGACGAAUCGACUGUAGAAAAAAUCAAGCAAGAGUACGAAAAUACACCCGAGUUGUAUAGAAAUGUGGAUUUGCAUCUUGCUCAAAUCCCUGGCGAGAAGUUGAGUGUUUUGUUUCCUCGUAACGCUGAGCGUAACUUGGCCAGACUUUUAGCACAAACAGAUUAUAUUAUGGACUUACCCCAUGGUGUCAUCCCAGCUACUGAUUUACGCCGCACGCUCGAAUCCAAUAAGGAACGCAUCGACAGCCUUUUGCUAGCAGGAGACUUACUGGCUUUGCCCACCUUCAACUUUAAGAACAGAAAGGCCACUCGCGACGAUGUUCCAUAUGACAAAUCUCAACUUAUUCUAAAGCUCAGCGAAGAUAAGAUGGUACUGGAUGAUAAGCAUUGGAAGGAGAAUGAAGGUCCCACAGACUUGGAAAGAUGGAUGGACGCUGAAUUUUUAUAUGCCGUGGAAAAGUACGAGUUUCACUAUGAGCCCGUCAUCAUUGAAUCAAAGACAAUUCAACCCUGGUGCUCUGAAAGAUUUUUAGAUAGUAGAGCUGCUUGCAUCUUCUCAAGUUAUUUGCAAGGCAAUGAAAUUUGGGUCCUGCCAGACGAUUUCAUGGUUCAAAUGCCUUUGGAGGUGGAUUCCGAGGUUACGGAUUUUGAUAACGUUGUCGAGAAUCGAAUUUAUGCCAAGUUUUACUGGGAACAGUGUGUUCACCAUGCUAGACAAUUAGACGCUUUGGGUCUCUGGAAAUCACCUAGAUCUCAACAUAUUAGAAACCAAUGUUCCCGUGUCAUUCAGAAUUGGGGCAAAGGUCUAAUCGGUAAACCAGAGUAA